UUUUGCGAAUUUGUGUUAGAAUUUGAGCUUUUUCCUGAUUUUCAAGCAAAUUUUUACUAUGAAAGCUCGAUUUUGACCUCCCUCACUGUUGCAAUUAAAAUUUGAAAAUUGCAACACAUUCACGUUGUGGUUACCAGGUUUCUGAAUUUUAAAAAUGCGCGGCUCGCACGUGUAUAUUAAAUAUGGCAGAAAAUUUUUAAAGUUGAAAAAGCAGUGAGAUACAGAAUCAGUAAAUAUAAACGAAAUUGUAUUGUUUUAAAAAGAACUAGAACUUAUUCAAGAUGCCCGAAAGCAAAGGCAAGAAAUCAAAAGGUCAAAAAAGGUAGUUCGAUGCCCUUAUUUUUGGCCAUAAUACUGCUUGUUGCGUGUAUAGAUUUCAAUGUUCAUCAGUUCAUGGGCAUUAUGCUCUAAAUUUUUUUAUGUUUCUGCUACACACAGCCAAAUAUAUUAAUUGAACGCACAGUUUCUCUUCUACACAUAAAUUGGAAAUGAUAAUUUACUUAAAAAGGUGUAUGAAUGCAAAGAAAAAAAUUGUCAGAUGUGAUAUGGAUGAGAAUGUCCAGACUGGGACUUGAACCUUGCCAAGCUACAUGGCCAGGCAGCUCACAUGCCACCCUACUGCCAUCACUUGCUUAGAAUGUGGACUACAUUGCGUUUAGUUCAGUUGUAAUGAGGUAUCCACUUCCUUUUUAUUCUGUCAGGAAAAUAAGCGAGAUGGACAUUGAUGAAUUUAUGACUUGUGGUUUUGACUCGGACGUUUCGACAGGGGAUGAGGAAGAUGCUGUGAAUGAUGAAGAUAUGAAAAAACCUGAAUCACAACUUGAAAACAGGUAGUUAUAAUACAAGCCAUAAUACACCCUGUUUGAACAUUACACAAUUUUACAUUAACCCAUUAAGCUGCAAUGUAAUCGAGAGAGUCACAGAGAGUCUGUGCAUCAAUGGGUUACCCCUUAAAUAACAUGCAUCACACAUUAGGCUUGAGCAGCGCUGUCCUGUGUCCAAAAUUUGAUCAUCCUGUUGACAGUAUAGAACGUAAUUUGUUUUUUAGUGAAACCAGCAAGUCCAAAACCCAGGCACACAAAGAUCAGUUGUCAAGACUAAAGGAAAAAGAUCCAGAAUUUUACAAGUUUCUUCAAGAAAAUGAUGAAGAACUGCUGGAGUUUAAUGAUUCAGAAACAGACGAUGAAUUACAAACAGAUGGUAGUGAUAAUGAAGAAAUUCAAGACACUCAACAAUCGAAAGAUGAUGAGGUAUCACUUCACAAGAGAGCAGACAAUAUUUUUAUCUGAAACUACAUCCUUAGAUGGAAGCGAUGGUCAAUAACAUGUAAUGGUUUCCAUAUAUUUAGGAAGAAACAACUGGCAUGUUAAGAAAUGAAGAUGAUGAUAGUGAUGGCGAUGAUCUUCAUACGGAAGAAGAGAUAACAGCCAAGAAGAAAGGAAAACUAGUUACCACGGCCAUGAUAAAAACAUGGUCUAAAGGUUUACAGGUUUGUAGGCUGCAACUUGUGAGUCAUCUAUGGUGAGAAAAUCUGUCUGCUCAUAUUAAAGCCCAAACAAUCAACCACUGACUAUUUCUUGUAGAAAAAGUCCUUGGCAUCAUUAAAACAGACUGUUCAAGCAUUUGACUGUGCCGUUCAAGAUACACUAGUCACAAGCGAGGAAUCAGAAGAAGAGAGGACACCCAAAUAUAGAGUUGAAGGAAGUGAUGGUGUGUGUUCCCUAUAACAAUAUCAUGACACUUUAAUUCAUGUUUUUUUUAUUCAGUUGGCCUGCAGCAUAUGUGAUUUUCUACGUAAUUGCAUUAUGUUGUUCUCUUCAUAGUAUUUAACACCUUGGUUCAAACUUGUCUUAAAAACGUUCUCAGUGUCAUUCAACACCAUCUUGGCAUAGAUCCAAGCAAACCUAUGAAAAUUGGAAGGUA